GAAACGCUUAACGGCGCCUGUCACCGGUUCCCUCCAUUUUGAAAGGGGAAAAAAGGCUCUCCCGUUCCCCUACCCUUAGGAGCUGGCGCCGGAGGAUCCGCACUCAUGGCGUUCAGCCCGUGGCAGAUCCUGUCCCCCGUGCAGUGGGCGAAAUGGACGUGGUCCGCGGUGCGCGGCGGGGGCGCCGGAGACGACGAGGCCGGAGGGCCCGAGGGCGACCCCGAGGAGGAGGAGGACUCGCAAGCCGAGACCAAAUCCUUGAGUUUCAGCUCGGAUUCUGAGGGUAAUUUUGAGACCCCUGAAGUUGAAACACCCAUCAAGUCACCUCUCAAGGCCUGCUGUGAUUCAUCACUCGGAUUAGCAGGACCUGUGGCCAACACCCAAGACUCACAAGAAGUUGAUGAACAGCUGAUAGCAGAAGUGGUCGCAAAAUGUUCAUCUGAGACUCAUUCUAGACCCUCAGAAAAUGAGGUUUCACAGCAGGCUAUUGAUUCUUACUCCAUCAGGGAUAUCAAAGAAGAACCCGAACACGAUAGUAGCAAAAUUUCAGUAGUGAGGCCAUUUUCAAUAGCAACCAAGUCCACGGAUAACUCAGAGGCAGCUCUUGGGACAGAAGCAGCAUAUGGCUGUGUAACUGCCAUCUCAGGCGAGGCUCUGCCCUCCAGCCCGCCAGAAGCCAUCCAGGACAAGGCGAUGACAGAAAGCACCAUGGGGGUUACACUGGAGGCUUCCACAGAAGCUGACCUGAAGAGUGGGAACUCCUGUCCGGAGCCAGUGCCCAGCAGAAGCAAGCUGAGAAAGCCCAAACCCAUCUCUCUGAGGAAGAAAACAGUUGGCGAGUUCUCAGAAACUUCCAUGGAGGGCAUGCCUCUCCCCCAGGCAUCCUAUCCUGAUGAAAUGGAUGGGAACACAAGUCCUUUGCUAGGAGAUGCCAGGACUCAGAAAUCUGCGCCUGACGUUAGGGAAACAAGCAGCACUCCCAGUAGUGACACCAAUGAUUCCGGGGUGGAGCUGCUGGAGGAGUCAAGGAGCUCACCUCUGAAGCUGGAGUUCGAUUUCAUAGAAGAUGUAGAAAGUGUAGAAUCCAGGAAAGGCCUUCCAAGAAAACUUGGCAGGAAACUGGGUAACAAACUGCCUCCAAAGGUACAGAAAGAUGGCAUCAGUAAGCCAGUAGGCACCAAAGAUUCAGAACCGCCCCCGGACCAAGCUACAGACGAUGCCUCUCUCUCCCAAGCGUCUUCUAAGCAGAAUCCCAGUUUCAGUCCCCUGGGUGGCCAGUCCACACUGCAGGACUCCCCUCCCCUCUCCUCUAAGGGAUCCUACCACUUUGAUGAAUCCACGGAUCCCUUUAAACCAACUACAGCUUUAACAAAUGGUGACUGUUGUUCUCCUGCUGGUAAUCAUGUUAAUGAAACCUUAGAAUCACCCAAGAAGGCAAAGUCGAGUUUAAUAACGAGUGGCUGUAAGGUGAAGAAAUAUGAAACGCAGUCUCUUGCUUUGGAUGGGUGUUCACAGGAUGAAGGAGCAGUGAUCUCCCAGAGUUCAGACAUUUCUAAUAGGGACGGCCACGCUACCGAUGAGGAGAAACUGGCAUCCACUUCAUCUGGUCAGAAAUCAGCCGGGGCCGAGGUGAAAGGUGAGCCAGAGGAAGACCUGGAGUACUUUGAAUGUUCCAAUGUUCCCGUGUCUACCAUAAAUCAUGCGUUUUCAUCCUCAGAAGCAGGCGUAGAAAAAGAGACAUGCCAGAAAAUGGAGAAAGAUGGAUCUGCCGUAUUAAACGUAUUAAAUGUAACCUCUUCCUCCCCUCCUCCCCCCCCCCCCCCCCCCCCCCCAUCUCGCCAAUGACUAUCUUUGUCCGUGGCCUGUGGCGGAGAGAGCCCCCUGGAUGGCAUCUGCCUCAGUGAAUCAGAUAAGACAGCCGUGCUCACCCUGAUAAGAGAAGAGAUAAUCACUAAAGAGAUUGAAGCAAAUGAAUGGAAGAAAAAAUACGAAGAAACCCGACAAGAAGUCUUGGAGAUGAGGAAAAUUGUGGCUGAAUAUGAAAAGACCAUUGCCCAAAUGAUUGAAGAUGAACAAAGGACAAGUAUGACCUCUCAGAAAAGCCUCCAGCAACUGACCAUGGAGAAGGAGCAGGCCCUGGCUGACCUUAACUCUGUGGAAAGGUCCCUUUCCGAUCUCUUCAGGAGAUAUGAGAACCUGAAAGGAGUUCUGGAAGGGUUCAAGAAGAAUGAAGAAGCCUUGAAAAAAUGUGCUCAGGAUUACUUAGCCAGAGUUAAGCAGGAGGAACAGCGGUAUCAGGCUUUGAAGAUCCACGCAGAAGAAAAACUGGACAAAGCCAAUGAAGAGAUUGCUCAGGUUCGAACAAAAGCAAAGGCUGAGAGUGCAGCUCUCCACGCAGGACUCCGGAAAGAGCAGAUGAAGGUGGAGUCCCUGGAAAGGGCCCUUCAGCAGAAGAACCAAGAAAUCGAAGAACUGACGAAAAUCUGCGACGAGCUGAUUGCAAAGCUGGGAAAGACUGACUGAGUUUCCCGUUCGCUCAGUGGAUCUGCGUUUGGCUGCUUCUGUCGUGACCACAGUUAUCUUGCCUUAUCCAGGAAUUGUUGCCCCUUUGCAGAGAAAAACACUUUGAAAAAGCACAUCCCACUGCUGCCUGUCCGGCUUUGCUGCGACGCACAGCCCUGGCAGAACCCGGGAGUGUUGCACCGUCGCCGAAGGAGUGGCAGCAGGCCGUCCUGGAGUCCUCACAGCACCGCCCAAGGUCCAGUAGACAGGCUGCUACGUUGGGUUUGUGAUUUCUCUGUUUUAAUUCAUUUUUUCUUACAGCUAUGUACUUUAUUAAUAUUUUUUCACACCACAGCUUAACAUGAACAGCAUAUUCUCCCAUACUUCAAAGAUUCCCAUUGCCACAUAUAAUUCACUCCAGAGGCAUAUAGGUUCUGAAAAAUAACGUUCUCAGUAAUGGGGAAGAGCAGCUUUUUAGGAGCUCUUCCUGCUUUACCAUUUAAAAAAGGCUCAUGGCUGAGGAAGCACCCACACCUUUCGUUCCCUGGAGAACUCUGAGCUAAACUUAAUUCUUUCAGUUCUAUGUCUCACACAUAUAAGCAGUUAGGAACUUUGCACAUGAGCAGGAAUCAAAGUCAGAUGCAGAAGUGGAAUUUUAAGGACCAUUCAUAUAUCAGGGCAGAAGCACCACUGGGAUUCCCAUGACGAUGCUACUUUGAAUGUGCUUGGUGCCUUCUAUUGCACAUGCCAAAGGUCAGUUGGAGAAAGCAGAGCAUGCCAUGAGUGAGCUAGACAAGUCCCUUGGCCUCUUUGUACCUUAGUUUCCUUAUAACUUGUGUAAAAGCUGCAUUCCAUGCCAGGCCUGAAGUGUCCCAAAGCUCACUUUUGUUAUUAAAUUGCAACCAUGAUUUAUAUAUUGCAAAAAAGGAGUGCUGCAAACGCAUUCCUUUCAAUAAAUUCUAUUUUAUUGCGGGUUAAAUCUAAAUACUGGAGGGAAAGCAGGCCUUCAAAUGAACCCUCACAUAAUUCUCCCAAAUUAUUUCCACUGGGAUUUUACAGCAUCAUCUCCUCCACCCAUCUCCCCACAACCGCUCUGGGCAUGAUCCACUGAGGCGGGAGGGAGGGGAGGCCUGCUGCAGCCCUGGGUCCAACCCCACUCCCACACCCCUUUUAAGUGUUCACCUCCUUCCCCUUCGUCCUAACAUGGCGCCACCACAGCCUGUCUUAAUUCAUUUGGAAGUCCACUUUGCUUUUCCAGGUGCGUUAAAAUUGUGAUUUUAUGACUACGAUUUGGGAUCAUCUCCUGUUCACCAUGUCUCUGAUUUUUUGUGUGUGUUACAUAUUUAUUUCAUCUUUUAAAUUUAAUUUUCAGUAUUGGUGGUUUUAUUUGAGGAGGUAAUUUGGCUUUUGUUACUUUUAGUUUGUAAACAAGAAGGGGCUCUGAGUAUCCAUUUACAUACAUAUACAAACACAUAUAUUUACAUAUGCUGCUGUUUUCCCCUGAAGUGUAGUCAAAUAAGAACCUACAGAAGAGCCUAUUUCCAUAAAUGUAGAAACUUAUUUUGGAAUAGAGUCCUGGCUCAGAACGCCAGCUUCAGGAUUUGGGGGGAUUGAACAUGUGGAAACCCCCGACCCCUGUCAUGACUCAUGACCCCAGCUCAGGUUUCACGUCCAGGGAAGACUUCGCCAUAACGUUUGUUCCUGGUAUUGGACACUCCUCAGCCUUGGCGAGUGUGAGCGUGGCCCCUCCGGGUGGGUCCGCAGGCUGACAGCGGCUGCUUCCUGCAGGAACAGCUGAGUGGGGCUCCCUCGGACCUGGGUGUGGCUAGGCCGUCCUAGAGCCACUUCUUUGCUUCACUUGUUGCUACAAAACCAAUAUUUCCUCUUGAUUAUUUGAAAUAUGCCGAGAAAAUCUACUUGUAAAAGGUUUAGUUGAUCUUAUAAUUAAAAAGUAUUUGUAACCCCAUCAGCAAGUAAAGGGAAAGAAACAGUUGUUUUUUCACAAAUGGGAUGUCUUGUUCUUCAGAUUUUUUCUUUUGAGUCAAAAAAAAAAAGUCCUUUUAAACUUAAGACAGAAUUUUUAACAAAACAGGCAGUAAAAAUCACGUGAACCACUCUGAAAAUCAGCACAUUUUGAGUAUUUUUAAACAGAGGCCAUUUGACUAGUGGAGGAGGGAGUGCAGGGAGCAGGUCCGCACACAACCCACUUCCUCAAGCUCUUCCUGGGCUUGCUUCAGAGGUGAGAGGCCGCUAACCCCCAAAAGGAAAAUUCCCUAGCGUUUGAUAGGCAAAACCAAACCUGCAGGUGUUUUAAAGCACUCUCGUCUUAACCUUAACACCUGCAGGUCUUCAUGGUCACAUGCACUGUGUUCAGUACCUGUAAGUUUUCGUACUUUUCAGAACCCACGUCCUCAAGCUCUUCCUGGGCUUGCUUCAGAGGUGAGAGGCCGCUAACCCCCAAAAGGAAAAUUCCCUAGCGUUUGAUAGGCAAAACCAAACCUGCAGGUGUUUUAAAGCACUCUCGUCUUAACCUUAACACCUGCAGGUCUUCAUGGUCACAUGCACUGUGUUCAGUACCUGUAAGUUUUCGUACUUUUCCUGUAAAACUAUUGCAUGAUCCACCUUCAGCAAUGAAUUGUGCCAGGUGGAGAGCCUCUGUAAGUCUUUAAACGCGAAUUUUCCUUUAGAAGUGUACUGUUCACAGGGGUGCAAUCUUUAGCCCCAAGGAGGUCAAUAAUGCCUUUUAAAGCCAGAAGUCACAUUUUAUCGAUAUGCACUUACAUAAUUGGUGCUUAGGCUGUAUUUUAAAGCCUAUUGUCUUACCACUUUGUACAAAAAAGAACAACAGAAGUGAUGUGUGGUUAUAGAGGUGACAGGACAAUCAUUUGGGCUUUGAAAACAGUCCCUGGAUUAAUGUGAGUGCUGGGCUGCAGUUUAUUUAGCUCAGUGGAGCGAGGUGUCUCCAGGUGGCGCCACCGAUUUCCUCCUUUGGUCCUCUCCUACCAAGAAAAGCAACUGCAUUUUGCAGAAAGAAACAUUGCUAAACCUUUUUGCUGCUGUAUUUUGGUGACAUGUCCAUGUUGUUUACUUGCUUUCUGUUGAUCUGUUUUAAGCAUGGAAGGUUUAUAAUGGUCUCCAUCGUAAAUCCUAGUCCUCUUUUUAGGUUUCUUGUGUAUAUAAAAAAGGUAGCUACGUGUU